AUGCAUAACCUACAUGCAAAUGAAGAAGAAGGAGUUACAUCGGUCCCAGGAACAAAUGGACAACCACUUGACCUAAGUUUAUAUGAUAAGUUGAAUAAAGCCAAGAUAAAAGUUAAGCGUGGAAGAUUACGGAGACUACACAAAUCACGAUCUCAAAUUUAUCCACACAAGUAUAAUCUAUGUAUGAAAAAUAAUCAACAAAAUUCAAACCGUGCACCAUGUUUAGCUGUCAAAUCAGAAAUUUUAAUUUGUCCGAUAUGUCACAUGGAAGCGACAAAUUUCAGUAUCUUUGCCCAACAUAUGUCGUUACACUUCAGUCAGUUACCAAUGAAUUCAUCCGAUUAUUUCAAUUAUAACUAUGAUUCAUACAAAUAUCUACAAGAGAAUGUUGGAACUAGAUGUAAUGUAGAUAUGGAAACGAGAAACAGUACAGUUGACAAUGAACACUUAACACCUGAGAAUACUAGACUUUUAGAAUUAAUCAUGCUAAAAGAUUACUGCUCUGCCGAAGAUAUAGUCACUAAAGGAGAUGAAGAAAAUUGUGGUGUCAAGACGAGUACUUCAAACGUCAAUAUAUUGUCUUGUAAUAUAUGCAGUAAUCUCACAACUUUUGGACAAUUUGCAGAUCUAAUGAAUCAUCUACAAAACAAACAUCUAUUAACUUAUUACUAUUGUAAUGGAUGUGGGGAGAAGUUCACUGAUCGGAUUCAGUGUCUUGUACAUAUCUUAUGCCGGCAUGUUUCACCAACAAAGCCAGUAGACGGAGGAAGUGAUAAUACUUUUCAUGCUAGUGACAGUAGUACUACCGUCACCAAUAAUACUGAUGUAAAUUCGGCAGUACUAUCAAGCAACGCGAAUGAAAACAAUUCACUUAAAUGCCACAGUGUAAACGGUAUUUGGAAUACUGAACCUAGACUACAUAACAUUCGUUCAAUGAACACAGUGAUUAAAGAAAAGAAUUCUGUUCAGAAUCUUAACAAAUUCAUUAAAAACAAAAUUAGUUCAUCUUUAAAUGAAUAUUCAAGCAACCACCAUUCAACAACUAAUGAACAAUGUGACCUGAGUAAUUUAAAUAAACAAGUAGAUAAUGGAUUGAAUAGAGAAGGUUUAAUCAUCAAGACAAUAAUGAAAAUAUAA